AUGUUUCUCCGCGCCUCCCCUGUCUUGAGAGGCUGCCGCUAUCUCCUCCGCCCGACCGCCCCGCGCGCCUUCUUCUCGCUCUCCGCGCGCUCCUUCGCUGCCGUCGACGCCGCUAUGGCUGAUACCUCGGGUGUCACCGCGGACUCGCUGAAGAACAAGCUGGUGGAGCAACUGCAGGCUCACCAUGUGGAGAUUGAGGAUCUUUCUGGCGGUUGUGGCCAGGCGUUCCAGGCUGUGAUCGUUUCGCCCCAGUUCGAGAGCAAGACUAUGCUUGCGCGCCACCGUCUUGUCAACUCGGUUCUUAAGGCUGAGAUUGCUGCCAUCCACGCAUGGACUCCCAAGUGCUAUACCCCCGAGCAGUGGCAGGCUCUGCAACACUAA